CUUGUGAGAGUCCUCCGCUUCCAAAUCGAAUUCCACUAAAUUACGGAAGCCAAUGCGUACAUCGACCAGAACACAGAUUAGCAAUUGAGCACGGUUACCACCCCGGUCGGGUGGGUCUGCCUUGCCGCAUGAGAGUUCCCUUUUCAGCCUUGCCUGUCUUGACCAGACACGCAAUCCGCGGCGUUCGCAAUGGAUAUACUCCGUUCCUUGCGUCAAGGUCAAGGCAGGGAAGACCAUGAGUUCGAUAACGCGUGUCAAAAAUGGCUUUACAAAUUGUAUCUCAAGGCCGAACCUCCUGUCGUCCAUGAUCCUCGCGGGAGCGAUCCUCGGCCUUUGCCACUACGAAAGCUGACCGAACUGGAACCAAAGCUGUUUUUCCCUCGCUCAGGGAUUCUUGAGCUUGUGACCAGAGACAUGCUACGCGAAUUGACAGACUGCACAUGUCGUAGCUGUGUGUUUGAAAAGCCUAUCCCGAAAGAGGGUUACAGUGGCGGCCAAAGGACCAACGUCAUCGACGCAAUUAUGCGUCCAAGAGACGAGCCAAAGAUUGUCGUUGCAGUCCUUCUCUAUACAGAUCAGAUAUCUCAACUUUACCGGUUAUACAAGACUUUACUCUCUGACGAAGGCAUUGACGCCAUUGACGGUAAAGAGGAUAUAGCCGAGGAUGUCAAGGAGAGAAUCCGACAUGCGAAAGCCAUGUUCAAACCGGAGUGCAUUUCGCUGGAUCACCCUGAGCGAAACUACCCAUCGGGUACUCGUCUACCGUUUUUGAGCGAGGAUCCACACGGGAGCGGAUCAUUUGGAACGGUCUCGAAGGUAGAAGUGCACCCGGAGUACCUUGGCGACGACGUCAAAGAGCUGAUCAAGGACUACGCCGGAGCACAACCCGUAUCACCUUCAGCGGAUCAAAAAUUCUUCAUCGCGCGAAAAAUGAUUCAAGGGACAAGAGGGCAAACACUCGAAAACUCUGUUCAGAUGGAGCGAGACUUUCUCGAUGUGAUCCGUCGACAGAAAGAAGGCAAAGAAAAUCUGAUAGAUUUGAUUGCUUUCUACACGUUUGGGGACGAGAUCAACCUACUCUUCCCUUACGUGGAGAUGAACCUCCAUGAUUUGCUGUAUCACGGCCGACACCCGCCCAACUAUACGCACAGGCAGUUUCCUGAUGAUUGGAUCAGUUCCGGCAUCAGAGGUAUGGCUCAAGGCCUACGCACGAUCCACCAUCCGCAAAUGACGUUGGAUAAUGACAGGGAGAUCGUCGGAUUUCACUUCGACCUCAAACCAAGGAAUGUUCUCAUUACGUGGGACGGGACCUUUAAGAUCACUGACUUUGGCCAAGCACUCAUCAAAGUCGUUCGCAUUGGCAUGCAGCAAUACGGAGGAGAUGACUAUCGUGGAGGAGAUCCAGAAUACGCUCCCCCUGAAUCAAUGCCUUCUCGCCAUCUCGUCGAAUCUCGUCAUGUGGGCUACGCCAGUAAUACCUCCAACGAACGUCCUGACUUUCGUGAUCUCUUCAAGUAUGACAUCUGGUCUCUAGCUUGUAUCAUGGUCCAGUUAUACACCUAUGUAUGUCUUGGUAAAGUCGAUGCAGUGAUAAGGUUCGACGAGGAUCGCAGAAUGCAUUCCCCCGGAAGCGAAGUUGCCCCAUAUCAUGUCGACGGGAUGGUUGGGCCAGACCUCAAUCCAGCAGUGGCGGCACAACUUGACAAGAUUUUGGCUUAUAGCUUGACUGUUGAAUCAACAGCUUUACACACAUACAUGGAAGAGCUUGUUACGACAAUGACGCAAAUGCUAAAAAUCAAUCCAUCAGACCGACCUACGUCUGGCGAAGUCGCGGAGCGCCUUACCGUGCUAGUGAACGAUUAUCUGGCUGCGAGGAACGACCCCAGCGGUGUGCUUCUGGCGGCAAACAAUGACGACCUUCGAGAUAUUCCUCCAGGCUAUGUCGAGGUUGCAAUGGACACGAACGGCACCUCGUUCGUGUCGCUGGAAGGAGUCCGGAUUGUGGCGUCAGAUUCCCCUCAGAAUGCGGAACUCCCAUGCAGGUUGAGGCUGUUUCACCAAAAGGGUGGUUUUUGGAUGAAGAUAUGGUUCAAAACCCCCUCCAAGCAAGAUGUCCUUUCGAAACGGCUACCUGAGGGGGAAGUUCGAUUAUUACAUUCAGCGCUCCUCGACGGUGGAAAUCGUGGCCAUUGUCGAAUCUUGAGGUCGGGCGCUGACUGGUUCGAGACGGAUUUGUACUUUGAGAACGGGUUGCUUGACUUUCACGCAACCGUUACCCAGUAUACCCCUCGAUCCUUCGGAAUCAUCGGCGGCGGCUCUAAUGAUGAAAUGCGGCAAUGUUACAGUCUGAGACACCCUGUCACUGUCUCGGCUAGGCGUGACUUCCCCAGAGAAUUGUCGAAGAUUCGAGACGGCAUCGAGGCGAGUUCGAUUCAAAAAUGGAAAGGUCGGCGACUCACUUACCUCGAUGGGAGAACCGGACCUCAGCGUGAUGUCGGGCUCAGGCUUAUGAUCUUCUUCCAAAAUCCUGCAGCGGUCUUGCAAAUUCCGCUCAGAUCUCGCCUGGGUAAAGUUGAAGUUGAACGCCGAGGCGCUACCACCGUCAUCACCUUCCGCGGCCUCUCGAGGGAGAAGUUCUUUACGCAUGCGGAGAAGCUCGAGAGCGCGGAUAACCGUCAUCUACAGCUACCGAUCGGAUCGGCACAUUAUCCCUUGGGGGAUGCUUACAGGCAGCGGGACAAUAACACUUGGGAAGUGAAGCUUGAGACCAGGCACGAAGAAGUGGUUUCAGACAUUGCAGCGCUCAUCCAAGAAGCCCGCGAUGGCGGGGAGAUGAUAUCCUGGAGCGAUCCAAACGUUGGGCCAAGACGCAUCUCUAACCGAAGCCGCAGUUCUACGAGCAAGAGUUAGAUUGCCUGUCGACCUGUCCACACAAUAAUGAUCAGACGAUGUUGGUGAACACCGGUGUGUCCGGACACACUGCCUUGCCGACCUUCCUCCUCCCUAAGACCUCGCAGAUAAGAAGGACCGAGAGUGCGAGCAGGAUCAGUGGGAAGGCUAUGAUGACCCACAGCCACACGUCCAUGCUUGCCACAAUGUGGAAGUUUCUGUCCUCGUCCACCGAAACGUAGCCCAUCUGCAGAAAGUCCUGGCCCCGAGUUAGCGAGGUGAACACCCGACAAAUGGAGCAGUCAUACCGCUGCGAAUGAGGCAGGCACAUAUAUCAGGGCCACGAUCGUGAGCACCUUCACUAUCCGAGCUUCGUGGGAGCUCUUUGAUGUUAGUUCAACCACCGCCCCGGUGCUAGUGCUUGUCGCGGUUGCUAUCCUGUUGUUGAGUUCGGAGUUUCGGAAAGCAAUGAUGUCUCGCAACUUCUAACCAUCAGCGAUGAGUCCAGACAAGACGCGACUCAGUGUCAACCAACCUGACGGGACAAGUUGUUCCCGCGAGCCAACAACGACCCCGCCAGCUGUUGGAGGAAGUCGUACUCAAGCUGCACGGUUUCGGCGAAAGCAAGAAAGGCGUCACGACGCUCUGCGCUCUCAUACCUGCGUGCGGCGUUCAUCAUGCAGUAUAUGAUUUUGGAGUUCAGGCCCAGCACAUGCGACAUCCUCAACAGCUGGUCGACGAGGUGCGUGAGUUCCUUCAUCGAACUUAUGCAUUGCUGGACCUUCUUGGAAUCGCCGGCCGUCUCCGUCUCGAUCGAGAACAUGACGAGGACGUCGAACUAACGGCCGUUCAUCAGACGCUACACAGACCCUGCAGGAGCGUGGGAAACUCACCAGCUUGGUGAUCUGCUCGUCAUAAUAGUUCAGAGCCUGGCGCCAGUCCUCUGUCCCGCACGACAUCCAGACCUUUUGCACCCCGAGCCAAUCCGCCACCACUGAAUCUCGAGACUCUGGGCCGG